AUGAAUGUUAGCAACGAUAUAAGCAACGUGGGGUGGUCAGAGGAAGCUCCAUUACCAGUCGAUUUGAGUAAUGACUCAUUCAUGAAAGAAUUCAAAGAAACAUGUGAAUCGAUGUAUUCUGGGAUCGACGUGGAUUUUAGGCCCACAGAGGAUCUCACAAAUGCAAUUUUGAAUCAAACGGGUCCAGAUGCGUUUCAGUAUCAGUCUGAGAAGAUUAGUGGCCAACCGAUGCAGUUCACGACUCCAUCUUCGUCGAUAUCCCCUGGAGAUAUGCAGUCGGACGGAUUAGAGAACGUCAGCGGUCGAUCGCUGAGUAAAGGGGUAGGGAACAACCGAGGGUCAAAUGCUUUUAAUGAGAGUGAAGAUCUCACCGAAGAACAAGUGCUUGAGAGGAAAAAAGCGCAGAACCGAGCAGCUCAGAAAGCUUUCCGAGAGCGCAAGGAGGCCAAAUUACGAGAAGCUGAGGAGAAGCUGCGGGAGAGUGAGACCAGCAGAAAGGCUUUGCAAGAUGAGCUCGAAAAACUGAGACGAGAAAAUGUGAACCUAUUGAGCCAAAAGAGCAAAAACACCCAUUCGGGUAGUCAUGGGGAGACUUUUACACAAGGUAAAUUCACCUUCCCCACAGAGUCAGAGUUUAUGGCGAGUCUUGUUUCCGAGGGAGUGCAUGGCGUUAAUAUCCCUGCUACAAAGGAAAGCUAUAUGCACGAUGGCACUAAGUUACUCACCGUACCUGCUACAUGGGAAUACCUGCACGAAAUUUCGCAGGAGCGAAAUUUCGAUGUUUACUACGUGAUGCAGCACCUGCAGGGCAACGAGGUCUGUCAUGGUCAUGGGCCCGCUUACGCAAAGUGUCUGAUUGACCAGCUCGUAGAACGUUGCACCUAG